AGCAAAUCUGGAAAACCGCUAUAUAUCAUCCUGGCCAUUAUCAAACUGACGAUACGUUUUUGCACAUAUCUUUCUUGUACUAUGGGAAGUCCUUUUUCUAAAUGCAAGAGAGGGAAAAGUGGACGUUUAACACAAAAUUGUGACGUGUUUGUAAUUAAGAGACAACCUCAUUGGUGCAACUCUGAAUAAGGAUAAAGUCCGUUCACAUCCGAUCCAACAUACAACCGAAGUGGAACGCCAACAGAUACGUCUGUGUGUACAGCCACUAGUCAAAACGCAAGAAACGUUCCAUUCAUUUCAUCUGACGAGUCGAUACACGCACGACAUUUAAACAACUCGCGUAUACGAAUAACACAGCGUGAAAAUAUAUUGAACAAUACCAGCAUAUUUUCUAGUCCACAAGAGCGUGAACGAAGGAAUCGAAGAAUAAACAUACGUAGUCUGUACUCUUUCACAAUGGACCCAUCAGAGCACACAGAAACAACCGACACGAUAGUAAAUUCGUCCCGCCAAGAGAGCGUUCAUUUUGAAAAUGAAACCAUACCUUCAGCGCUAGUUCAACCUGACAGUUCUAUUCGUCGAUCAAUGCAAAGUAUAAAUCAAUUAUCGCCAACACCUGAAAGAUUUAUGUCUUCAUCUUUGAACGCAGUUGAUGCUGAUACAUCUAUCAUCAAUAAUCAAAAUUCAGAAGGAUCACUACCAAGUACUAACAGCCAAUUAUCAGAACGUGUUUCUCGCCUAAGAAACUGGAACGCAUCUAAUUUAUUGACCAUUGACGAAUCAUCAUUGCAGCGGAGACAAUCGAAUAUCGGAGACAAUAGCGUUGAUGAAUCCCUAAUAGAAGACAUACAGCCGAAUGCACGUCAAGAAGACCAAAUUGAUAGAAGACAUUUUUUGUUUACCAUUGGUGGCGAUACGGAUAGUUCUAAUGGCUCUUUAACACUCCCUGAUGAUUCUUUUUCUGUUCAAUAUCUGCAACAAUCAACGCAACAGUCUAUCCCGCGUAGUCAAAACUUCCCGGGAAUAAUGUCAAAUGCUAAUAACGGUGUGACCAACAACACACGCGAUUCUAUAACUACAGAGUCAACACAACGGGAAACUAAUGCUGAAACAGAUAGCGACUGGCUACAACGCUUAAUGCGACCUCUUCGACAUGACCUCGGAUUUGUUGGCACAACUCCUCCUCCAAACAAUGCACAAUAUAAUGCUGGAAAUGAUGCUGACAUUAACGGAAGUGACAGCGAGUUGGACAUACCGAUCCUGCGUUCAAUGGUGCGCGAGUACCUCAGAGAACACCCCGAGGAAGAUACGGGACCACCCACUCUGGAAUCACUGAUGAGUCACGAGCCUUUAGACGUACUCAGACGCCGCAGGCACAUUUUACUGGAGCCGUUUGGAAUUGAUCUGAGAGCAGGGGAACAUUUAUUCAAUUUUUUCGACCACGGGUUCUCUGGUCGCCAGGUCAAUUCGGAAAAGUUGCCAACGAAAGUCUUCAGCACUGAAACGGUCUCCACGCAACUUAUGUGUCACAUUUGUCUAGAACACUACAAUACAGGGGAUGAGCUUAAAACUCUGCCUUGUUUCCAUGACUUCCACCCGGUCUGUAUUGACAAGUGGUUAGAGACGUAUCCGACCUGCCCGGUAUGCAGAACGACUGUUUGCACAGACGAAGAUGGGCAGUGAACUAUAGUAAACUUUGUCUUGUCGUUUGUUGAGCUGGAAUUAAACAUGUACGAACUUGAUUUCUACACUGAACAAUUUAUUUUUUUUUUGUAUGUGUUAUGCCUUGAUAAACUUGACAAAUAUAACGAUAUGAACAUAUUACUGGAAAAAGUAAUUUUAAUUAACAUAGAGAAUAGUAUGUAAGUACGAUAGUGUACUUGAAUUUAUUCGACGAGUUGGAGUAAGGUUUACAUGGCGAGGCUUGCCGAUUCUACAUAUCCUACAAUAUUUUUAUAUAUAAUUUGUUCCGGAUGCAAUCAAAACAGUAGUAAUUAAUUGCUUAAGACAAUAGCAAAAACAAAUUAAAUUAACUAAAUCUAA